CCAUUAACCAUUUUUGUGCCUCUCUCUCUCUCUAUUUCUCUUUAUCAAUUUUACUCAUAAAUAGCAUAUAAGAAAGAGAAUAAAAAGCUGUAGUCAAUAUUCAACAAUGGCCAUGGUAGCUGCUCUGAUGAUGAUCCUCGUGAUCGCUGCUCCGGCAGCAUACGCAACACAGUACACUGUUGGAGACGCCUCAGGCUGGGCCCAGCAAGUCAAUUAUAUCACUUGGGUUUCUGGCAAAACAUUCAGAGUUGGUGACACUCUCUUGUUCACAUAUGCUGCCACUUUGCACAGCGUGGACGUAGUUAGCCAAAGCGACUACAACAGCUGCAACACCGCCAAUGCCCUCACAUCCUAUACUGGAGGAAAUAACAAUGUUUACCUUACUACCACCGGUUCAAUGUACUUCAUAUGUCCCACUCCCGGUCACUGCCAAUCAGGCAUGAAGCUAGCCGUCACUGUCACGGCAGCAGGCACCUCCCCGCCACCGCCACCUCCGGCAGCAUACUCAACACAGUACACCGUUGGAGACGCCUCAGGCUGGGCCCAGCAAGUCAAUUAUAUCACUUGGGUUUCUGGCAAAACAUUCAGAGUUGGUGACACUCUCUUGUUCACGUAUGUUGCUACUCAGCACAGCGUGGACGUAGUUAGCCAAAGCGACUACAACAGCUGCAACUCCGCCAAUGCCCUCACAUCCUAUACUGGAGGAAAUAACAAUGUUAUCCUUACUACCACCGGUUCAAUGUACUUCAUAUGUCCCACUCCUGGUCACUGCCAAUCAGGCAUGAAGCUAGCCGUCACUGUCGGGGCGCCACUUUCGGGUAGCGGAGCGGUCGGAAACUUUGGUCACAAGAGUUUUGUAGUGCUUGGGCUUUCACUUUCGGUAGGGGCCGUGAGUGCACUUAUGAGCUAGGCAAGGGGCAGUGCUGUCUUUUUACUCCAAUAAUACUGUGUGCAUGGUUUCAUGAUUA